ACGUUUAUCUGACACAACUUGAGUCAUGCGAUCGAAUAAUUUUUGAACCAUACUUAGUACGAUUUUCACCGGCUGAUAGUGUAAUUAUAUAUCAUUAAUGAAAAAGUUAGAUUAUAAAUUUAUUCAAAUUUAUAAAUAAAGAUGGAUAACAAAAGAUCAUUAUUAACAUUUAUCGAAAUUUACGGCGAUGUAAAUAAUUAGCUUUCGAUAAGUUUAAAAAAAAAAUAUCCUUUUUUGGUUAGUUAGGAUACGUUACGGAAAAUGAGACAGUUUGAUGACAAAAUCAUAUACAUGUUAAAUACAACACUUCCUACAGAAUCAUUUAAAAGCGAUGUAAAUCCAACAUCAAAAUGUAAAGAAUUAUAUGAAGAAGUUCAGAGUAGUCAUAUUCAGCGACAAAGUGCGAUCAAUAAAUGUUUAAACAUUGCUAAAGAAAGAGUGAAAUACUUAAAAAAUCAAAAGGAAAGUCAAGGGAAUGAUCCAAUAUUUAUAAAAACUUUAAGAAAAGAACAGAAUAAUUUACGCUUAUUACAAUCAGAAGUUGGUGUGGAAGAAGUUUUGAGAAAUCGUACAAUGCAAGUUUAUCAUGAUAAGUGUCGCAGUUAUUAUAAGCCAUCGACUAUAAGUCCAUAGAAUUUACAUGAUGAAUUCUUCCACAUGAUGUAUAAUUUGACAAAGAGUAAUGUAUGUAUGUAAUAAUUAUUACAAUAAAAAAAUAGGUAAUUUGUGGAUAAUGAAUUACAUAAAAUCAA